GCCUCUCGGACAGAGGGUGAGAGGGUAUUCUAACAGCCCCCAUAUACACCCCACCGGCGCCGGAACCUACGACGUCGCAAUGCCGCUCCAGUUAGAGAUCAAGAGGAAGCUCGCGCAGAGGUCGGAGAGGGUCAAGUCCGUGGACCUGCAUCCCACGGAACCAUGGAUCAUGUCAAGUCUUUAUUCUGGCAGUGUCUGCAUCUGGAACUACCAGACUCAGACAAUGGUGAAAUCUUUUGAAGUCAGUGAGUUACCAGUUCGUUCGGCUAAAUUUAUUGCACAGAAGCAAUGGGUUGUUGCUGGUGCCGAUGACAUGUUCAUCCGUGUGUAUAACUAUAAUACCAUGGAUAAGGUCAAGUUGUUCGAAGCUCAUACUGAUUACAUCAGGUGUGUGGCUGUUCAUCCGACCCUGCCAUAUGUGUUGUCAUCAUCAGAUGACAUGCUUAUAAAGCUUUGGGACUGGGAUAAGGGUUGGAUGUGUACUCAAAUUUUUGAGGGCCACUCUCACUAUGUCAUGCAAGUCACAUUUAACCCCAAAGACACAAAUACUUUUGCUAGUGCUUCUCUUGAUCGUACUGUAAAGAUUUGGAGUCUUGGUUCCCCUGAUCCUAAUUUCACAUUGGAUGGUCAUUCAAAAGGUGUCAAUUGUGUUGAUUACUUCACUGGUGGUGACCGGCCAUAUCUAAUUACAGGCUCUGAUGACCAAACUGCAAAGGUUUGGGAUUAUCAAACAAAGAGCUGUGUUCAAACACUUGAAGGACAUGCACAUAAUGUCUCUGCUGUAUGUUUCCAUCCUGAGCUUCCAAUAAUAAUGACAGGUUCAGAGGAUGGAACUGUUCGCCUAUGGCACUCCACUACUUACAGGCUUGAGAAUACACUUAACUAUGGCCUUGAACGAGUUUGGGCAUUAGGUUACAUGAAGGGCUCACGAAGAGUCGUGAUUGGAUAUGACGAAGGAACAAUAAUGAUUAAGAUUGGGCGUGAAGCACCUGUUGCUAGUAUGGAUAGCAGUGGUAAAAUCAUAUGGGCCAAACAUAACGAAGUUCAAACUGUCAAUAUCAAGGCAGUUGGUGCGGAUGCUGAGAUUGCAGAUGGAGAACGUCUGCCAUUGGCUGUGAAGGAGCUAGGAAGUUGCGACCUUUACCCACAAAGUUUACGGCACAAUCCAAAUGGGAGGUUUGUUGCUGUAUGUGGAGAUGGAGAGUACAUUAUCUACACAGCGCUAGCAUGGAGAAAUAGAUCCUUUGGGUCUGCUCUUGAAAUUGUUUGGUCAACUGAAGGAGAGUAUGCUGCAAGGGAAAGCACAUCAAAAAUAAAGAUCUACAGUAAAAACUUUCAGGAGAGGAAAAGUAUAAGACCAGCAUUCUCUGGAGAACGUAUAUAUGGGGGAGUAUUGCUUGCUAUAUGUACAAAUGAUUUCAUUUGUUUUUAUGACUGGGCAGAGUGCAGGUUGAUACGUCGAAUUGACGUGAAUGUAAAAAAUGUAUAUUGGGCUGACAGUGGUGAUUUGGUGACAAUAGCAAGCGAUUCGUCAUUCUACAUUUUGAAGUACAAUAGGGAUCUAGUUUCUUCUCAUCUAGAUGGAGGGGCAUCAGUUGGCGAGGAAGGUGUUGAAGAUGCCUUUGAAUUGCUUCAUGAGAUAAAUGAACGUGUCCGUACUGGGUUAUGGGUCGGAGACUGUUUUAUAUACAAUAAUUCUUCAUGGCGCCUGAACUACUGCGUUGGAGGAGAGGUUACUACAAUGUUUCACUUGGAUCGGCCUAUGUAUUUAUUAGGAUAUCUUGCUAACCAAAGUCGUGUAUAUCUUAUUGACAAGGAAUUUAAUGUGGUGGGUUAUACUUUACUACUCAGUUUGAUUGAGUACAAAACACUUGUGAUGCGUGGGGAUUUGGAACAUGCGAAUAUUAUUUUACCAUCCAUACCAAAGGAACAACACAACAGUGUGGCACAUUUCCUUGAAUCACGUGGCAUGUUGGAGGAAGCCCUUGAUAUAGCCACUGACCCUAAUUACAGAUUUGAUCUGGCUGUGCAGCUUGGAAGCCUCGAAGUUGCAAAGGAAAUUGCUAUUGAGGCACAUAGUGAAUCAAAGUGGAAGCAGUUGGGGGAACUCGCUAUGUCCACUGGAAAGCUCGAGAUGGCAGAAGAAUGUCUUCUUCAAGCUACAGACUUUAGUGGGUUAUUGCUUCUAUAUUCAUCACUUGGAGAUGCUGAAGGGAUAACAAAACUGGCAUCCAUGUCUAAAGAACUAGGAAAGAACAAUGUUGCUUUCCUUUGCUUGUUUAUGUUAGGCAAAUUGGAAGAAUGUCUUCAAUUGUUGGUUGAUAGUAAUCGUAUUCCAGAAGCAGCACUGAUGGCACGAUCUUACCUUCCAAGCAAAGUUUCUGAUAUUGUCUCAAUAUGGAAAAAGGACCUCCAAAAGGUGAAUUCCAAAGCUGCAGAAUCUCUGGCAGAUCCUGCUGAGUACCCAAACCUGUUCGAGGACUGGCAGAUUGCUCUGAAUGUAGAAGCUACUGUUGCUCCCAAGAGGGGUGUCUACCCACCUGCUGAGGAGUACAUGACUUAUGCGGAGAGGUCUAAUGACAGCCUUGUGGAAGUUUUCAAAAGUAUGAAUGUGGAAGAAGUACCAAGUGAUAAUGGAGAUCCUGUUCAUGAGGUCACUGAGGAUGACGGAGUCGAGGGAAGUAUGGAUGAUGUUGUUGAAGUUGAACCCGAUGAUUCAACAGAUGGCGGUGUCCUUGUGAAUGGGAAUGAUGGUGAGGAACACUGGGUGCUUACUCCUGACCAGCAGUAGAGAUAUCACGACAACAUUCUGCACCAGCAGAUUAGUUGCCUAUUGUAAAAAAGUAAGUACCAUUAUGUAUACGCACAAGUCAAGAAAAAAUUAAAUUGACAAAGAACCGUGCUCCCAUACCCUUGAAUAAAUCUAUGUUGUAUGUAAUGUUUUCUAGGCCUAAGUAGUAUGUAAUAUUCUUCAUGUUUGGCGUGUAAGGGCGAGUUUGAGAACCCUAUUUUUCAAAGGGUUUUCAUUUUUUCAAAGAAAAUUAGUUCAUUUAACCUUAGGAAUAUAGUAAUCCUUUGGAAAAAUGGAGUUCCCAAACUAGUCCUAAAACAAAUUAUCUGCCCGCAUGCCAUGGUAGACCGUCAAUUUUCCUAGUAUAUUUUGUGGUUUAAACUUUCUUCUCACAGUUGUAGGUCGCCACAUGUUCAGACUCGAUAGUCAUGUAAAAGAAGUUCCUCCCCAUUUGUACAAGGCGUUGUGCGUGGUCUAGUAUUGCGGUUACAGAAACAGUCUUGGAUGGUAAUUAGCAUUUGGUCUAGAUAAGAAAUUUUGUAAUUCGAUUCAUUUUGGGUGGGCAUUGUAGAUUUGUGGUAUGUUAUAGAUUAUCUACCCUUGUAUGUUUACCACAUGAUACGAUACUAACAUUCUUUAAGGUUGGAAUUUGUUCACCGACACAUGGGCUGCGACCUGCAUAGCAUGUGAAAGUUGUAUUUUUGGUUCCCCAGUUGUCGAUAACUUGAUCCUUGGUUUCUGCCAUGUAUUGUACUGCCUUCUUGUAACUUAUUUUGCCUUUUUUAGAUGUACUGUUUUUAGUAUAUAGUGUAUUUAGAUACAAUGUAUAACCAGUUGUAUAAUAAAAACUAGUUAAGUGUC